AUGCACAAGGGGCUAGAUAUGACUUGGUACACCAACGAAUUUCAGACUGGUGUUGUUCCCUCCGAGGUUUGGUGCCUCGUGAGCUGGGUUGCAUUCGUCUUCAAACUCGCCAGCCUAGCAUUCGCUUUCCCCAUCAUUGGCUUGAUCCUCUUCGACUUUUGUCUCUGGAUCUGGAGACUGAAUCUACCGCCACCUCGAGACACGCCCCGAUCCAGUGUUGCCGCCAGAACUCCCACAGCCGAUCACGGAAUGCACCAUGCCGCUGAACCUGGUUUCAUAAACACUACGGCCAUGACGGUUGGUGGUGGUGCCACGGGCGAGAAGCGAACCGGAUACUCAGCAGAUACAGGAAACUGA